GUCAUGGUAUGUAGUUUCUAUUGUACAAACUACAUCACAAUUCUAUUGUUUGAUUAAUGCUUUGAGAUAUCAGUUACUAGAUCUAUUUACAAACUGAUACAUGGUAGUUAUAAUAACACGUAUAUUUUGAAACCUUUUUUAAAAAAGGGGACUACAUCGGCAAAUCUUAUGUACAAUUUCUACCUGAUUAAGGGAUUUAUGACAUUCAAAGAUUUAAUGUAAUUGGAUUUUAUAGCGUAAAUUCAUGGACAACGAAUAUUACAAUAUCUUCCUGGUUGUUUGAAAGAGGAAGUGCGAAUAAAGUCAUUUGACAUGGCUACAAGAGACUUGCUCGUCGGGGCGAUAGACUUCGGCAAAACAUAUUCUGGCUGGGCUUUCUCCUCCCUGAAUGAUUUUCUGUUGGAUCCUACAAAAGCGUCUGGCAAGCAAUGGCACUCAGGAUCUGGAACUCUAGUUACAGAAAAAGCACCCACGUGUUUGUUGAUAAAGUCAGAUGGAAAGACCCUCGAAGCUUUCGGAUAUGAUGCUGAAAACCAAUACAGGGAGCUUGCAGACAACGAAAUGCACAAGGAGUAUUAUUACUUCAGAAGAUUUAAAAUGGCGCUAAAUAAAAAGCUUGGUGAGAAACUGGACCGCGGCAUGACAAUAGAAGAUGAGAUGGGAAAGUCGAUGAUUGCGUUAAACGUGUUUGCCAUGGCAAUCGAAUAUCUGGUAGGAGAUAUGAUGAAGAGUGUAAAUGCUCAACUUAAAACUCCUUUAAAAAAAGAUGAUGUUCAUUGGGUACUUACUGUUCCGGCAAUAUGGACAGAUGCUGCAAAACAAUUUAUGAGAGUGGCCGCGGUGCAGGCUGGCCUUUUAACGAACAAAUUGACGAUUGCACUGGAGCCAGAAGCAGCAUCGAUAUUCUGCCGCCAUCUGUCAGUGGAUACAGCUAUUUCUGGUGGAAAUAUUUCAUUAGCGAAGAUGCCUGUCGGUACUAGAUACAUGGUUCUCGAUGCAGGAG